AUGGAAGCGGAUGCCUCUGCACCGCACGGCGACAGCCCCGACGGAGAUGGGGGUGGCGCGGAUGGCGCCGCUGCGCCGGAGCUGCGGCUCGGGUACUUCUUCUUCUCCACGGAGGCCUCGGAGCUGAAGCUCAGCUCUCGCUUCGAGGCCUUGCGGGACCUGAGGCAUCCGAACCUGGCACAGUACCUGGAGACAUCCUCACGGGCCGCGGCCUCGUCUUCGUGGCCUGCGAGCACUCCUCCGCAUCCUUGGCUUCGAAGCUGCGAGAGUCAGCGACGCUGGAGACGGCUGCGGCGCUGCAGGUAG